ACAAAGAUGGCCGCCUCCAUCUUUCAUGCGUGUGCUAUGUUGUGGUCUGUACCGUACAUUUUUCCCUUUCAUGUGCAGCACUAACACCUUUAACACAACGGUAAAAGUAUUUCUUGUACGCGUGUAUAUAUAUAAAACCUAAAUAUGAAGCCUAAAUUCCACCGAAAAGAAGGCGGAAGAGGAAAACAGUCCAGAGACAAGCUGCACAAGUUCAUGGUUUCUGUCCAGAACUUUGUCAAAAGUGAAGGAGGACACGAUGAAUCCGAGUCACACGGCCACGUGGGGAUGCUCGCUAAGAGGAAAAGUCGUAAAGAACUGCGCAAAGAGAAGCGGAAGGUGAAGAAGAAGAAAAAGAUGAAGGUAAAGCAGCCUGCAGAGGAGAUUAAACACAGAGUCAGUGUGGAUGCUGCUUCAAAAAAGACUCCACCAGCCAUAAAAACCAAACCCGAAUCAACCCCUGCUGCUGCUGAGCUCAGUGACCAGGAGAAGAAGCCUAAAAGAAGAGUGCAUUUCGAGAAAACAGCACCUCAGCCUGAAAAGAAAGUUAAAAUGCACACGAUGAGGAAGAAAGCUCUGAUGGAAGCCAAUGAGGAGGAGGACAGAGAGAUCAAGAAGCUGGAGAAACGCCUCGGUCUGAAUAAGAGGAGGAACAAAAAGAGCCUUCCGCAAUCCUUCAUCAGCGACGGUCUCGAUUACAUCCUGGGCAUUCUGGAGCCUGGAGGGUCUGGAUUAUACGACAGCGAUGAGGAGCUGGAUUCGGCCAAAGCGAAGAGCAGGUUGGAGAAGUUAGAGGAGCUCGGUGAGGACGAGGAGGAAGAGGACGGGGAUCAUGAUGAGGAGGGAGACACUGGUGAUGAGGAGGGAGAAAAUGAUGAGGAGGAUGCUGAGGAGAUUGAGGAAGAUGAGGAAGAAGAACUAGAGGAAGAGGGAGAAGAAGAAGUAGAGGAAGAGGGAGAAGAAGAAGUAGAGGAGGAAGAGGAAGAAGACGGAGAGGAAGAGGAAGAGGUGGAAGAGGGAGAAAAUGCAUCAGAAGAAGAGGAUGAGCAAGAUGAAGGGAAUUCCCAAGAGAAAUCUUCUACCGGUAAAUACGUCCCGCCUCAACUCCGUGAAGCGGCCGACAGUAAGCGCAAAGCUGAGCUGGAGCGCCUCAAACGCAACCUGAAAGGUCUAAUAAACAGGUUGAGUGAACCCAACAUGGGCUCCAUCAGCGGGCAGGUGGAGGAGAUGUACAUGAGCAACAGCAGGAAGGACAUGAACGACGCGCUGACCGAGGUUCUGAUUUCCGCCUGCGUCACUCCAGCACUGAUGACCGACAGGCUGCUGAUGGAGCACAUGUUGUUAGUCAGUGUCCUGCAUCACACGGUUGGACUGGAGGUCGGCGCUCAUUUCCUGGAGACGGUGGUACGCCGUUUCGAUGAGACGCAGCGCGACGGAUCCAGCACGGGCAAAGAGAGCUCUAACCUGGCCUCUAUGAUGGCGCACAUGUACAACUUCCAGGUGGUCCACUCGCUGCUGCUGUUUGACGUGCUCAAGCGGCUGCUGUCGUCGUUCACGCCGCAGGACGUGGAGCUCAUGCUGCUGCUGCUGAGGAACGUGGGCUUUUCCCUGAGGAAGGACGACCCUCUGGGCCUGAAAGAGCUGAUCUCUGAAGCCCAGCGCAAAGCCAGCGCAGAGGGACCACGUUUCAGCGACCAGACCAGAGUACGGUUCAUGUUAGAGACCAUGUUGGCUCUGAAGAACAACGACAUGCGGAAAAUUCCAGGUUAUGACCCCGAGCCUGUGGAGAGACUGAGGAAGUUGCAGCGCUCUCUAAUCCAGAACCGGGCGAGUGGCACUGAUGUGAAGCUCAGAGUUUCUUUGGAGAAUCUUCUGGAUGCACAGCGUGUUGGUCGCUGGUGGAUUGUCGGCUCGUCCUGGAGUGGAGCGCCCAUGAUUAAUGACGACAAACCGACAGCGCAGCCUGUUCAAGGGGAGCAGUUCAGUGCCAAAGUGCUGGAGCUGGCACGCAAACAGCGCAUGAACACGGACGUCAGGAGGAACAUCUUCUGCAUCAUUAUGACCAGUGAGGAUUAUCUGGAUGCCUUUGAGAAGCUCCUCAGACUGGGUCUGAAAGGUCAGCAGGAGCGUGAUAUCAUUCAUGUUCUGCUCGACUGCUGUCUGCAGGAGAAAUCCUUUAACGGCUUCUAUGCCGUUUUAGCAGAGAAGUUUUGUGCACGUGACCGACACUUCCAGAUGACGUUCCAGUUCUGUCUGUGGGAUAAGUUUAAAGAACUGCCAACCCUGUCGAGCAGUUCCUUUACAAACCUCGUCCAGAUGGUCACACAUCUCUUAACCAAGAACUCCCUCUCACUCUCCAUCCUCAAGGCCAUAGAGUUUGGAGAACUCGAUAAACCCAAGGUAAAAUUUUUGAGGCAGGUCCUCUCCAAACUCUUACAGCAGACUGAGGAGGUGGAUCUGGUUCAGAUAUUCAGCCGGAUUUCUGGAAUUCCCAAGCUAGGAAUGCUACGUGAAGGAUUGAAGCUCUUCAUCAGGCACUUCCUUCUUCGGAGUGCACAGACGGAGAGAACGUUGCUCACCGAGAGGGCAGAGGUCGCCGUCAAGGCCAUGGAGGCGCGUGAUGCCAAGCUCAGGCUGUAGAGCAAGAGCGCUUUCUAUUCAACUGAUUUUGUCCAGCAGGUGGCUCUUCAACCCGAAUAAUGAGGACAGUGUCUUCUAGGACUUUGCUCUGCAGUAAAUUUUUACAUUUUUAGUGGAAGGAGCACUUGGCGUCCGCGACCGCAUUUAAAAAAGGAGCCUCAGCUUCGGAAAAAAGCAAGAAACACUGAUUAACCACAUUGAAUAUUCUUUCUACUCUGAUAAUCUGUGUAGAACCUGUACAUUAACAAAAAUUCAUUCUUAAAUAUUUCAUUAUUGAUGACGAAGAAAAAGGUGUUUCACAAAAUGACAAGACAGACUUGGAAAAUGGCUAAUUCUGUUGGUGUCAAGUUUUAUAACCUUUUCAAUAAAACAUUUAACAGAC